AUGGCCACCAACACAAACACCUCGGCACCCGGCCAGGUCUUUACCUCCGCCGAUCGCAUACGCCAGCUGAAUGAAGUAGACAAGGAUGUGGCUCGACUGAUCCAUUCCGCCGGCCUCGCCAUCCAAGCCCUGACCAAUGCCCGAACCGGCGACUCCCCCACAGACAACUCCCUCCAGUCCCACCAAGCCCGGUUCAAAGAAGCAACGUCCCAGUACUUUGCCCUUCUAUCGUCGAUCGAUGUGAGACUACGCCGCCAGGUCUACGCGUUGGAGGAGGCUUCCAUCCUGGCUCCGGACUCGACUUCCUCCAGGGCCGGCGACACGGCCGGUACUAGCGGGGCAGCGGCCGGCGCCUCCAACCCGUUGGAUAUCAGUUGGUUGAACAGCAGGAAGGACACCGUUGGAAAGGACAAGGAGGCCGAGCUAUGGGCUGCCGCACGCGGCUUCGUUGAGCAGAUCGGCAACCCUGGCGGCAAACAGGAGAAAAUGGAGGUUGACUGA